UUUCAGUUUGAGGAGAUGAAACAAGCAUCUUCAGUAGUGCCAGUCAUGUUCUUCAUCUUCGUCUUGUCCAAUUCUUGGGUCCUCCUCAACCUGCUUCUCACUGUCAUCAUCAGGUCUUUUGAACAGAUAAAACACGACAUCAAGCAACAACCCUCAGACUACAUGAUGGUCUCCUUCGUCAUGAGUCGUAUUCGGGGUUUCCUUGGCAUGCAGGGACCGCCCCCGCCCCCCUCCGUUGCCAUGGCCACGCCCCUCCUCGCCUCCGAAGACCCGCCCCCUUGUGGAGAGGAGGAGAAGGUGGGGGGGAGGGUGGAGGAACUGCCGGAUAAGGUUGACAAGUUCCUAGAAUUUGUGGAUGAGGUCUAUUUCAACGGGACUUUGGACUUGCACAACAAGGAAUUCCUGAAAACGUCCAUCGGCCAACCUUCAACCCGAUCGUCAAGCCAAAGCCGAGGCCGAUCCAGUUGGCGCAGGGAAUCGGAGGGGUUCGUGCCUGGUCCCAGAAGUCGAAAUGUCAUCCAGGAUUCCUUAGAUGAUGUCUAAAGAUUUGGGCAUGGGAAUCGGAUGUUGCGUAAGGAAUAAGCGUUAUCUGCAGUGUUCGAAUGUGAUGAAUUCAACUUCAUACAAUUGUUUCACCGUUCGUGGGUGAAGCGUAGUCGUUGCCAGGCGCAUGAGGAAACAACUUUGGCGAAAACGUCGUACGCUACAACAAAACUAUAGAAAUUAUUAUUGUUAUUAUUAUUAUUAUUAUUAUUAUUAAAGCUAGAGAGGUCUGGCAUGCUAUAUAGUAUGCUGAAGAAACAGGAAAGACACAGAGAGAGGAGA